UGUGUAACUUUCAUAACUGCUCUUUUUUCCUUACCUAUUUAAUUUAUUCUUGUCAAUCAUCUCAGUCAAAAAAAUAGGUUUUGACAUUGAUGACAUACUGUACAAAAUGCCGAUUUUUGUUUCAACCUGCGUCAAAAGUGAUAUUUCAUCUCUCACGAAUAUGCAUCAAAUCAAUCGAAAAGAAUUCUGUUAAAACAAAGUUCAUAAAGCUGUGUUUGUCCCCGAAAAAUUUUAGUAUACAACAAUUUCGUCCGUUGAUCUAAUGUGGAGAUAAGCAUGUCAUCAUACGUCAACAAGAAGACACGUGUUUUUACAUCGCCCGGAUCGACCAAAGUCAUACAGAAAAGGUCUGAAUCUAGACUGAAGAAUAUCAAGUCAGCGACAGACAACAGGGCAUGGACGGACUGUGUUGAAGAUCGGAGACAAUACAUUUUGGAAUUGAUCAAAUCUAAAGCUGGGGGAUUAUCUCUGGGAAAAUACAUUCCUAUCGAAGUAAUCAUCGACUGUCUUCUUGCCAAUAAAAAUGCACAAAUAGAAGAAUUGCAGAGGCAAUUAGAUGCCUACAAGAAACUUAAGUUAACUGAUGACCAACUUAGACAACUCGGUAUGAUGAGUCCCGGGGGUGACAAGAAAGCAGCAACUCCACCACCUCCGCCGCCUCCAAAAGUAGAAAAAGUAGAAACCAAACCGGAAACAGCUGAGGUCAAGGAAGAGGAGCCCCCGAAAGCAGUACCUGUGCCAGAAACAGUUGCCAUCGAGAAGGAAGAGCCCAAACCAGCAAAGGUUGAACCUGAAAAAGAAGCAAAACCGGAGGAGACAGUGGCGGCGAAAGAAGAGCCACCGAAAAUAGAAUCCGAACCAGAACCCAUCCCGACCAUACCACCGAAGGAAGAAGAAAAACUAGCAAAAGAGGACGAAAAAACGAUUACCUCUAUGGUCGAUGCAUCUGUGGAAUCCGAAAAGCCCGAGCCUCCGAUAGUCUCUGACAAAGGAACACCUGAAGGUGCAAUCGAGGAAGAAGGGGAGAAAGGUUCCGUUGUUGCUGGAGCUCUUCCUGAGGAAUUCCAGGAUGUUGGCGGUCUACCAUUACGCAGUGAAUUCCAGAAAAUUGUUGUUGGAGAUAUCAGUCCAGCUAAACCCGAAGACGAUACAAAGGAUGGAGAUCGUGAAUCCAGAGACGAUUCUCUGAAGAAGACAUUCGUCGAUAUUGCAGAAACUAUAGAUGAGGACAUGGAGAAAGGAGAAAUGGAAGCAUUAUCGCCCAAGAAGGAGUCUUGUGAAGAAAAAGACGACAUUAUUUCAUCUCUGCGGAAACAGUUAGAGGACCAGAGACGUGCGAAUAAAUUGGCCGAGAAGGCGCUGAGCCAACUGGAGGACAUCGAUAAAAUCCUGAGCGGCAGCACCAAGCUCCGAUGCAACUUGACGUGCAGAAACGUAUGUCAGCCCUGUCCCACCUUGGCGAAGAAAACGGACGACAACAAGAAACAGAGAUUGGAGGAUCUGAUGAGAGAAAGGGACGACCUGAGGCUGAGGGUUUCCGAAUUGGAAAAACAACUUGCCGGAUGUACGGACUGCCCCAAGAACUCGGAAGAGUUGGGCGGAGUUUCUGCGGAUGAACUGCAAAAAAGACUUGAUCAAGUCAUAGGGUUAGAAACCAAGGUACAAGAAUUGGUGAAUCAGUUGCAGGAUGAAGAGACUAUGGCUAAAAACGCCGUGGCACAGACUCGGGAUCCAAAAGAGGCGGAAAAGUGCAAAGCCAAAAUAGCGGAACUCGAGAAGGAAUUGGAGAAAUCCAAAUUCCUGAAAGUGGAAAACGCAAAACUGCAGAUGAAAAUUCAAGAACUGUUAUAUCUGGAGAAAUCCCAAGAUGAGCUCAAGAAAAAGAUGGGAACGCUGGAGGGCGAGUACAAGUUGAAGUACGACGGUUUGUGCAAAAUGGAGAACGAAUGCAACGCCCUGAGAGUCCAGCUCGCCAACGCCAAACUGCUGCAGAAGGAGAGGGACAUGCUGAGGAGGCAGGUGGGCGAUCUAGAAUGCUGCGUUGCGGACCUGGAGGACGAGAUAAAGAGGCUCGUGGGUCACAUCGACAGGCUGACCCAGGGACGCGACGAACAGCAGACGAAAACGCAGAACGCAAUGUCCGACAUUAGGGUCGAACUGGAGAAGAAGACGCUCCUCAUAGAAAAAUCGGAGGAGAAACUGGCCACGGUACAGGAGGAACUGGAAAAAUCCAUAAAUGGCGUGAGGAGCGAGACGCAAUGCUACAAGACGAAGAUCGAAGAUUUGGAAAAGAUCGUCGCGAUAAAGACGGAAGAGAUAAACAUACUGAAGAACAACCUGGAACAGAAGGACAAGAUCAUCGACGAUCUGAAUCGAUCCAAGAAGGCUAACGAGGAGCUCUUCCGCGCUGAAGACGCCAAAUCGAAGAGUCUGAGGCAGGACCUGGAAAAUUCGAUCAGGCAGAACGAGAAACUCCGGAGGGAAAUGGAAAAGAUGAUCGCGUUCAAGACCGAGGAGAAUUCCACCAAGAAGAUCAUCCUCCAGUCCAAGUCGGCCAUCAGGAGGGUCAGGGAGGAGAUAGACAGGCAGUAUAGGGAGUGGGAGAUGGGCGCCGGAGAGGACUGCACGAAGGUGAACGAACUGAAGGGGAUGGUGAAGACGCUCGAGGCGGAGGCGUCGCGGAUGAAACGCGCGAACGACGAGCUGAGGGGCGCGUUGGAGAAUCAGAAGACGUGCAACUGCCUGGCGGGCUUGGAGAACAAGACGCUGAAGAAACACUCCGCGGAAAUCCAGAACAUCGCCAAACAUCAGGUCGAGGAACUGCUGGAUCACCUCAAGAAGGCCCAGCUGAGGAUCGUCGAGUUGGAGGACACGCCGGGCGACAGAACCAGGUUGAAUCCGGAAACUAAGGAUAGCGAGAUAUCGUGCGACUGCGACAAGGAAGAAAUAGAGAGACUGAUGAAGGAGAACGAAGUUUUGAAAGAGAUGUUGAAGACGGAGAGACCGGACGGGAAACUCGAGGAGGCUUUGAGGGAGACGGAGAAAGAGGACGGCGAUAGGGACCUGUUGAAGGAGAUCGAAAGAUUGAAGAACGAAAUAUCGUCGUUGGAGAGCGACAAGUUGAAAUUGGAGAAGGAAAACGAUAAUCUCAAGACGAAAUCGCAAUUCAAGGACAACGAAACCGCGCCGGAUAACCUCGAAUUGCAAGGGAUGUUGAACGAGAAGGAAAAAUUAUGCGCCAGUCUGAGGGACGAGAUAGAGAAAUUGAAGAGGGAGAUAGAGAGUCUCAAGGAAGCGUUGGAGGAAACCAGGAGACAAUUGGGGAUAUCGAACAAACAAGCGCAAGCUUCCGCAAUGGACGUGCAGAAUCUGGAAAAUAACAUGAAAGAACAAAAAGACACCACCGGAAAGAUGCGACAAGAAUUGGAAGAUUUAAAGAGGAAAAACAACGAAUUGAACGAUAAACUGGCGGAGAUGGAGAAGAUAAAAAAACAACUAACCGAAUGUCUGGAGAGAGAGAAGAACGAUAAUAAACAGAUCGCAUCGUCCCAAACCAAACUAAAAACGGAAAACGAUAACCUGAAGAGCGACGCGGCUGAAACGGAAAAACUGAAGAAGCAACUGGCGGAUUGCCUGGAGAGAGAGAGAAAGAUCAACGCGGAAAAAACAUCGACCGAAGAAGACUUGAAGAAGGAAAUAGAAAGACUGAAAAAAGCAACGGGACAACAGGAUACCCCGCAGGACGACUCGCUGAAAAAAGAAAACGAGAGCUUGAAGAACGCGUUGGCGGAGAUGGAGAAAGUCAAAAAACAACUGACCGAAUGUUUGGAGAGAGAAAAAAAUAAGUCCCCGGACGAUUCGUUGAAAAAAGAGAACGAUAAUCUGAAAAACGCCUUGGCGGAAAUGGAGAAAGUGAAGAAACAACUCGCCGAAUGUUUGGAGAAGGAAAAAAAUAAAUCGCCGGACGAUUCGUUGAAGAAAGAAAACGACAGCUUGAAAAACGCGUUGGCGGAGAUGGAAAAAGUGAAGAAACAACUGGCCGAAUGUUUAGAGAAAGAAAAAAAUAAGUCUCCGGAUGAUUCGUUGAAAAAAGAAAACGAUAAUCUGAAAAACGCUUUGGCGGAAAUGGAGAAGGUCAAAAAACAACUCGCCGAGUGUUUGGAGAAAGAAAAAAGUAAAUCGCCAGACGAUUCGUUGAAGAAAGAAAACGACAAUUUGAAGAACGCGUUGGCCGAGAUGGAAAAAGUAAAGAAACAACUCUCUGAAUGUUUGGAGAAGGAGAAGGAUAAAGCGCCGGACGAUUCGUUGAAAAAAGAAAUCGGCGACUUGAAGAACGCGUUGGCCGAGAUGGAGAAGGUGAAGAAACAGCUCGCCGAAUGUUUGGAAAACGAGAAGAAGAACAGCGCGAAGAACGCGUCGUCCGAAGUGGAGCUGAAGAAGGAGAACGACAAGUUGAAGAAUACGCUGAAAGAAUUGGAGGACGUCAAGAAGAAACUCGCCGAAUGUUUGGAAGAAGAGAAGAAUAAGAAUAAAGGGUUGUCGGACGCGGACGCGCUGAAGAAAGAGAACGGAGACUUGAAGAACAAACUGAAGGAACUGGCGGACGUGAAGGCGGAAUUGGCGGCGUGUCUGGAGAGGGAGAAGAAGGCUAGGGGCGACGCUGACGACGCCCUGAAAAAGUUAGAGACUGCCAACAGCGGGAAGAAGGAUUCCAACAUACUGCAGACGAAGAUCGAGCAGCUUCAGCGACAGCUGGACGACUGCCUGGCCAGGGAGAAGAAGAUCGCGGAAAAGGAAUCGUUCCAGAGCGCCGUGCAGGCCUUACCCGGCGACGUGGACAAGCUGGAGAACGACAAUAAGAGAUUGGGCAAAGAGCUGGACGAACUCAGGAAGAAACUGACCGCCGCCACCGGCGAAAACGCCAAAUUAAAAGCGGAAAUCGACGAAUUGAAGAAGAGGUUAGAGACCGCCGGUAAACCGUCCGCGACCAAUGAACCGGAGCAGAAAUCCGUGGCGGCCGAAAAGCCGGGAGCGAAAGAAUCUACUGUUAAGAAAGACGAGGAAAAAGAAGCGGUUACCGCUGCCGCGGACGCCAACGAGGACGACCUGAGAGCGGAGAUCGACCGUCUCCUAAAAAAACUGAGCGAGCAAAAGUCGGAAUGCGACAAGACGAUCAGGAGCCUGAAGGAACAGUACGACAGGGACGUGAAGAACAUACACAAGGCGAACCAGAAGAGCAUAGAGGAGUUGCAGAGGCAGCAUUCCGAACAGCUGCAAGAUCUGGAGGGCAGACACGAUUCCGCCGUCAAAGAUCUGAGGGAGGAGCUCAGACGGAGCUUGCAGGUCGAGGACGUGCCCACCAGAGACACUGCGGGCGAUGACAGGAGAGACAGAGUCUUGUCGGCGCACACAUUUUGCGUGUGUUCCGAAAUGCCCAAGGUGAUGCCGAUAAUAACGACCGUGGGCGCCGAUAUAGGCGUGCACGAGGUCGACAGUCCGUACGACAGGCCGGGAAGGUGGCCGAGGCCCAGACCUCCGAGGGACAGCGCGAUCAAUCAGUUGUUGUACAAGGCGAUCACCCUCGGAAUGGAGAAGAUGACGUUGGAAGAAUUACAAAUUAUCCAUUCGGAAGUGCUGAACGCGACCAGGAAGAUCAAAGGUAAAAUUCCUGCGUCGAUGAUGCAGUCUACGGUUGAAGAUUCUACGGCGUUGAUGAACAGAAUAGAAGAGUUGAAGGAUAAUUUGGAAAAAAAGCAGCGGACAGCUAAACAAAAAGUGGUCUCCCUGCAUCUGUCCAUUCGGGCAAUGGAACAAAAAAUCUUGGAAACCCGAAACGUUCUGGAAAAGGAGAAAGAUCACAACGCCGAGCUAAGGGCGCGAUUGAUGGCCAUGGAGAGAGAUUCGCAACUGAUGCAAGUGGAUAGGGAUCUGAUGAAGCAGCAAACCAAUCUCCAGGAGCAACAGAUCGCCAAACUGCAAAAAACCUGCCAGUGUAAAAAGCAAAAGAAAAAAGAGGUGGAAGGAGAAUCGAAGAAAAAGAAAUAUUUCAAAAGAUCCAGGAGAGAUUCUUUCAGUAGCGAUAGUACUGAGAUAUUGGAAAACAGGAUCCAGACAACGAAAAAGAGAUCUUCCUCUACCCCCGUACCCGGUGGUCGAUGUCCACAUCAUAUUCCUACGAUCAACCCAAUCAUUCCAUCCGAUGACAGUCAAAGAAAUAAACGCGAAAGACAUGCAUGUUCUUGCUGUAGUGCACGUGGAUCAGAUAAAAAGAAUCAAAAUAAAUAAAUUAGUGAACUGGUUAACAUUGAAUUAUGUUGUAUAUGUCAAAAAUAAUAAGCCAUUGAAAACUG